CACCGCUUCGGGGCGGUGUAAUUUACACGCCACACAUUCAAAAUUCUCCCGUGCGGUUCGCCGGCUUUAACCAAUGCGCAGGGCUCUGCGGCCCGUCCCUGGUGCCCGAGCGCCGUCCGUGCGGGCCGUCUCGCGCGCGCACCGUAGACACGCGGCCGCGCUGCGCGCCCGGCUUCCUUCACGCGCCGGGGCGUCCGUGCGCACUGCCGGGCUCUGAGACCGCCGCCGCCAGACUGCUCUGCCAGUGGCCGCGCCGAGGCGGCUGCGGAAGGAGCGGCUCAGCGUGCAGCUCAGCCAGGCCGGGGGGCCCGCGCCGGAGUCCGGGUGUGGGCCUGGGGUGCGGAGGGGGCCGCCCGCACCCCGCGGGAGCCCCUGGCGCGCCGGCCGGGCCGGGCUUCGCGGAGGCCGAGGGGCUCCCGCGCGGGUCGGUGGCGCCCGGCUGCGCUGCGCUCCCGGCCGCAGGGGGCGCCCGGGGCGGGGCCGCGGGCACGCCGGCGGUUCCUAGGCUGCCUUUUGGCGCAAGGUUGGCUGAGGCGCUGAUUGGUGGGGUCUGAGCUAGGCGGGUGUCGGGUUUUGACGCGAUUGGGCCGCAAGGGCGGACCCCGCGGAGCUGUCGACGCCAAUUGGCCCCUGCCGCACAGGAAAUGCCUCCGCAGUGGACAGAACAGACUGCACUCAAAGGCCUGGGCGCCGCUCAUUGGGCCGGCGCUGGAGGCGUGCCCCCGCCCGCUCGGUGACUGGGCGACGGCCCAGUAGGGACGGCACCUGCGCGGUGAUUGGACGCCGGGAGUCCCCGGCGGCCGCGGCGCGCGAUCCGAGGGAAGCCGGCCGCAUGGGGCGGCGGCGGCCCCGGGGGCCCCGGGGAGACGCGGUCGGGGCCCUGCCCGAGGCCAUCGCCGCGCUGAGUCAGACGCUGCCCGCCGGGCCCAGCCCCGAGAUCUUCCGCCGCGCCAAGUUCGACCGUCCGGAGGCGGCCCCGGCGCUCUGGCAGCUGCUCUUCCGCGUGCUCUCGCCGCUGCCCCGAGACGGCGCCUCGGACUCCCCGGCCUCCCCGGCCUCCCCGGCCCUGGAGGCCCAAGUCCACCUGGUGAAGUCGGCGCUGCGCUCCCAGGGCUACCCCAGGAGGGCGCUGGCGCAGCUCCCCGAGGACGGCUCCCAGGGCAGCCGCGAGCUUCUGCUGGCCCUGGCCUGGCUCCUGGCCCGCGGGCCCCUGCUCGAGCAGCUGCUGGCCCAGACGCGCGUGCGGCUGGGCGACGAGAUACCCCUGUGCGAGUGUGAAGCCCUGGCCAGUGCUGGCCCACUCCCGCCCCGCCGGGAAGCAGAUGGCCCUGUGGACAUACGCCACUUGCAGUGGCUGAUGGGAAAGCUGCGGUUCCAGUGGCGAAACCUGAUCACCAGUCAGCAGGAGCAGUGUGCCCUCCUGGGAAAGAUCCACUCCUAUACCCAAGGCUGCCACAGUGACCGCAGCCUUGGCCACCUGUCUGUUGCUGAGACGGAGCUGUUCAGGGACCCAGAGGGCGGCCGGCAGCUGCUUCAGAGGCUGGAGAGUGAGAACGCGCGCCUGGAGGCCGCCCUGGUGUGGCGGAGGCAGGAGCUGGUCUUCUGGAAGUGGAUGGACACGGUCCUGGGCGCCUGCCCCCUGGAGGCCUCACAGCCCACGUUUCUGCCCAGGAUCCCCACGGGGGGUGCUGGAGAGUUGGAGCUGGUGGCCCAGGAGUUGCAAGCCCUGCACGAGGAGCUGCGGGGAGCAGCGGAGCCCCGGCGGGCGGCCUGGGAGGCCAGGGCUGGAGGCUGGGGGCCGGAGCAGACUGCUGUGCAGCGGGCCUCACGGGAGGCCGUGGGACAGGAGCUGGCCGCUCUUCAGCGGGCCUGCGAGCAAGGGGAGGCCCUGGCCCAGCCCCAUGGGCCCUGCCGGCUGGUGAAGAGAGACGCCAGAGCCUCGGGGGGCCCAGGCCUGCGGGCUGCUGAGCUGAUUGGGGCGCUGAGGAGCCGGGAAACCUGCCUGGAGGCUGUGCUGGGCCGGCUGCAGACCCGGUGUCGGCAGGAGCUGACCAGGCUGGCGGGAGCCCGACCCGGCCUCCUCUGGAUCCUGCCGCCUGGUCACUGAGGGCCUGUGGGUGUGCCCUCCUCAAGGGGGACCUGCCCUGACGCCCUGGCUGGGUUUCGGAGGGGCAGGUUUCAGGGUGGCCCCAGGAUGAUGCAGACACAAUCCCGUGGCGUGCUCCCCCUGAGCCCUGGCUGUCCCCCCUUUGGGCACAGCCCGGGCCUUGGCUGGCCACACUGGGGCAGGCACGACAGGCCCAUGUGGUGUCUGUGGGCAUUCUGGAUCAAGAGAGUAUGCAGAAAUAAGUUGUGGAGGCCUCCCUGCAGAGGUCAGGCUCUGCCGUGGCCCCCGGCCACCUUCCAGGUUCCUGCCUGGGGAGGGUCAGGUCUGUGCUCAGGCCCAGGGGAACGGGACCCUGGGUAGUGGUGGCCAAAGCUGGGCUGGGCCAGGGCUGCCCCCAUGCUGGGGGGUCAGGCAUGGCCUACAGCAUGGGGGGGCCUCAGGGUCCUGGGGGAAGGGAUAGCCUGGGACGCCCGUACACACUGUGUCCUGGCCCCUUGCACGCCCCACCUUGGGCCUGUGCCUGGUGUGUGUGUGUGUGUGUUGGGCAGGGAUGCUGGCUGGGAGCCUGGGGGUGGGGGACGCUGUUCCUUUCCUGGGGGCGGUGCUGGGGGUGAGGGGGAGGCCACUGUGGACAGAGGGGGCUUUGUGCAUGAGACUGUUCGGGGAGCUGGGCUCGGCCCUGACAAAGAGCCAUCUGUGUCCAGGGGAUGUGGCCCCCAGCUUGCCGGAACAGGCCCCCCCCACCCCAGGGGGCCCAGCCUCUCGGCACCCCUCACCCAGCAGGCACAGACAGCCUCAUCCUGCCUCCCUUGCCAGGCUCCCCUUAGCCCAGGGCAGUUGAACCCCAGUUUGCUGCUGGGCAGGUGCAGGGGCCUAUCGGCUGCCUCCUGCCGGCCAGGUCAGGCCCGAGGACACGCAGCAGAACGUUCUCUCGUUGGCUUUUCCUGGCUGGCCAGGGGUGCUGGAGCGACCACUCACACCCAGGAGCACCGGGCUGGUCUCGGCCACCCCAGCCCCUCCCCGUCCCUUGUGGGGACACCCCAGUGCUCCGUCUGCACUGGUCAGACCAGGCAGACUGGUCAGGAGGGCAUCCCUGACCCUCUCCUCACAGGCCUGGCCCCCGGACAGUCUCUGGGCUGGGGUCUCUCCCUCCAAACCACAGCACCCCCCCAGCUCCUCCUCAGGGCUCCAGCUGUGGUCCAGGGCCCACGGGGCCUCGACCCUCCACCUGCAGCCCUCCGAAUGUGUGAAGUCCCUUCUGGACUCCCUGCAGCCGCCCCUCUCUGCCUGCCAUGCCCUCAGCCGUCCCAACCACUGAUGGGACCCUCCUCAUCUGGAAAACAAGUCCACCCAGAGCCCCCUGCCUUCUGGGGACCGCCGUUGAGCCAGGACACCCACUGGCCCUUGGGAACUUGAGGUUUAGCAGCCACAUGCAGGCUCAGGAUCACGGGACUGGCCCUUGUCAAGCUGAUGUGUGGAUCCAAUACACACCACUCAAAACCCUACGGUGUCUGCGACUUUGGUGUGGACUCUGGGAUACGCGGGGCGGGACGGGCCCCAAGAGGCCCAGGCCGGGGGGAGGCCAGGCGCACUCAUGGUGGCCCGGGGAGCAGGUGCGCCCUGUGCGGCUCCUACGAAGGCCGCAGGAAGUCAGCACACGCUUAGUGGCAGGCAGGAGGCGCGGGGCAGAACCAGCGAGUCCAUCCCCCACGGGCUGCCGUCUGACAUUCCCCCGCCUCCCCUACGCUGACGCGACAGGUCCACCGGCCUGAGACAGCCCCUGGAACAGACGCAGGUGCAGGCUGCGGCCUGGCCUGGCCAGCGGGGGACACUGGGGGCAGCGAGGGACAGUAGGGGUGCAU